CUGCCAUGGUCGCCAACGGGACCAAACCUAGCGGCCCCGAACAUCCCUUCAAAGCUCGAACCUGAAAAAACCAUUAAGGAGAUCUAUCAGAAGCGCACGCAGCACCACCACAUCCUCCUCCAGCCCGACACCUACAUCGGGUCCGUCGUCAAGAGCAAACAGAGCCUCUGGGUUUUCGAGGGAGGCAAAAUGGGCAAUAAAUUUGAGGAAGAAUGUGAUACUGAGGCUGGGAAAUCAGGCCCGCAAAAGAAGUCGACAAAAAAACCGAGGAAAAACGAUGGCUAUGAACGGAGAACGGGAAAUUGGUAG